GACUAAUUUGUUCCCACUGGAAACGACAGGCUGUGAUCUAUCUUGAGAUAGUUAUAAAAAUAUUUGGUAUAGAUCUAUUGCCUUGUUCAAAAUAACUGGGAACUCGGGAAAAUACGAGGUAAAAUCAUGACCUCAGUGAAUUUCAGGUCGGAACGUCGGAGCUCGAGAAAAAGGAAUUCAGAGUUGGAUGACCGUUCAAAUCGAUUUUCCCAGUGUUUCUGAACGCACUGAAGUCGGCAGUUGUAGAUUUCCGAGUUCCCAGUUGUUUUGAACGUAGCAUAUAUAUAGUGUUGCAUGAAGUCCGUCGUCGUCAUGACAGGAAAAUCUCUCGUUGGAACGUAACUAUAUAUAUAGUGUUGCAUGAAGUCCGUCGUCGUCAUGACAGGAAAAUCUCUCGUUGGUCGGCGGACACGUCUAUCAAAUAACAGCCAUGUCUAGAUCAUGGACUAGACUCGAAUGACGAAAGGUUUUAAUUUGGUCCGGUUUAUAUACUGUAUGGUGGAAAAAUAUAUUUAGGAUACGACCUUCUGUAUUUGUUUUGAAGCAGAUAGUUUGUGACCCUACGCAUGUCAAAGACGAAGCAAGAUGUUGAACAAUUGUCAGAGCAUUUCUACUGGUUGAACCGUUAACUGUGGGUUUUACGAAACGAUCUGUCGAAAGCAAACCAGAUUGGAUAUGAUUUAACCCUAUUCUGGUGGGCGACAUUUGUAAAUACGAGCCAAAUGAUGUCCGGAAAGCAUUUCAAGGCUCAUGAAGUCAGUUGCUGUAUCAAAUAUUUCAUAUUUGGAUUCAAUAUAAUAUUUUGGUUACUCGGAGUGGCGUUCCUUGGCAUAGGGCUUUGGGCAUGGAGCGAGAAGGGUGUGCUCUCCAACAUCUCAUCCAUCACAGACCUGGGGGGCUUUGACCCCGUCUGGCUCUUCCUGGUGGUGGGAGGAGUUAUGUUUAUCCUUGGCUUUGCUGGUUGUAUCGGAGCACUGAGGGAGAACUCUUUCCUUCUCAAGUUUUUCUCCGUGUUCCUGGGGAUCAUCUUCUUCCUGGAGCUGACAGCUGGAGUCUUGGCCUUCGUCUUCAAGGACUGGAUCAAGGACCAGCUCAACUUCUUCAUCAACAACAACAUCCGGGCGUACCGGGAUGACAUUGAUCUGCAGAAUCUCAUAGAUUUCACCCAAGAAUACUGGGAGUGUUGUGGAGCCUUUGGGGCAGAUGACUGGAACUUGAACAUCUACUUCAACUGCACAGAUUCCAACCCAAGUCGCGAGAAGUGCGGAGUGCCCUUUUCAUGCUGCACCAAAGACCCGGCAGAGGAUGUCAUUAACACCCAGUGUGGCUACGACAUUCGAGCUAAAGCGGUCUCGGAGCAGAGGACCUUUAUCUACAUCAAAGGCUGUGUGCCUCAGUUUGAGAAGUGGCUUCAAGACAACCUGACAGUGGUGGCGGGGAUCUUCAUAGGAAUCGCUUUACUACAGAUUUUUGGGAUCUGUUUAGCACAGAAUCUAGUGAGCGACAUUGAAGUAGUGAGAGAGAGCUGUUUGUUUACCUGAAACAUCUCAAGCAAACUAAAGGUUGGAACGAAGAUCUCUUCAGUUUUGCCACCUUCUAAAGGGAGAAGAUCAGGACACUUGGGAAAUGUACAAAAUGAAGAGUCUCGCUGCUUCCUUUAUGCUCUGUAUAUAAUACUUUUGUAAGAGUUUACUUUUUAUAUACAUAUGGCUGUGUCAAACACUGCCUGGAAGGGUCGUGUACAAAGCCACAUGUAUGUAUAUAUGGGAGCCAAACAUAUGUGUCGAUAUGGCUCUGGUCAUGUACAGUAUAGAGCUGAGGUGGUUCUGGAAAUGCACUGCAUGCCUAUUCAUAGGGCAUUGGUUCUCCUACCUGUAUUCUUUAAUGUUAUGAUGUCUGAUGUAUUGUACAUUAUACGUCAGAUUACCAGUAAGGAGUGAAUUGGCUGGGUAGCACUUCGUACACUGUUAUAAAGCCUGCGGAGCUGUAGCAGUAACAUGUUUUGUAAUGUCAUGCCAUACUGUGUGAAGUGUCAGUUUCUAAAGAGAAUGUGUGUUGCUAAUACCAGCCUAUUGACUAGCAAUAACCAUGAACUAACUCUAUUUCAGACACAAGUGUUGCAUUUCAUUGUCAUGUUCAAUUUACCAUUCCAUAUACUCCAUUCCAGCCAUUAUUAUGAGCUGUUCUCCCCUCAGCAGCCUCCACCACGCAGUCUAAGUAAAUCUGUCCCUAUUUGGGGUAUAGAGUAAUAAUACCACAUAUUUUGCAAAUGCUGACUGAUUUUUUGGGGGACUGCAUGUAGGUCUGUACUUUUCACUGCGCCAUCUCACAACUCAAAAAACAACUUUUCCCCUGUGCCAUAGGUGUGAUCAUGAUGUUCUGUACUUUCAUUUCAUAUGUGUUUGAAAUUAUGUAAAUAACUGGAUAGUAAGAAGUUUUAAAUAUGUCAAAAUAAAUGUAUGCUGCUUUGUAUUA